AUAGCUAGUUUCUGGCCCUGAUCUGGGCUCAAUGGCAGUAAUCAGGAGUUAAUCAAUGUAAUAUAAUAAUAGGAGUCACAAGAAGUCAUCGACCAGCCUUUCGAGCAUUUCUCCAGUGUGACUGGCUCAGCAUCGGGACAAUCACCAUCGCCAUCACCAUCCUCAGCUCUGUCUCGUCCUCGUCACAUCCUCCACAUACCCAACCACAUGUCUUCGUCUUCUGCAUCUCCUCUUUCCGACAUCCUCAGAUCCAGUCAAUCCACUUUGUCCCCACCGCCUCCGCGAAACGCUCUCUAGAGGGAAAACCCUGACAACCCAAUGACAAGCAAUAGGAACGACAUCAGGAAGCGCCCGCAAACCGACGAUCUUCAGAGAAAAAUGCCAUUUCCCGAAGAUAAUAAUGGAUCAGCGUCGAAGCGAUCCCAGAUCAACUCGAGCACCGCUUCGCCAUCCAAUGCGACUCCGCCGAUAAGCUCCCGUGAUCCUGCGGACAAAAAAGUCUCCCGCGCUUCGAAAGUCACCGACGACGACGAUGACGAUGACGAGCAGGCAGAACUUACGCCUGAAGAGGCCGCGCAGAUGGAGGAUCUCGCGAAACGGCUGAAGGAAGCUUCGAAAAUGCCGAGUAUCGAGCUAGAUGAUAUCCUCGAUCCCUCUCAUCCGUCGAACGCAAAGUAUUUUCAGAAACCCACCAGACAAAUCUUGAGAAAUCAAGAUGGCGAUUCUUCGUCCUCGUACGAAUCUACUUCAUCUGAAGGCGAAAGCGAUAGCGACGACGACGAAGAAGAAGAAGAAGAGGAUGACCAAGACGAAGAUAUGGCCGAUGCCUCCAACCACGCAGGUCCUCUCCCGCGCGUAACAGCCGGGCAAAGACCAAAUAUCCACCGGAUCGAAAAGAAUAGCGACAUCCUCGGACGUUUAUCGGCCUUUUUGCCUAAGAUGAAGGAUGCCAACGAGGAACUACAAAAAGAGAUUGCCGCAGGAAGAGGGAAAGACCUCAGACUGGAUGAAGUCGACGAGAAUGACCGGGGCCGGGUUAUUGAGAUGGUAUGCGCUUCUCUUCUCUCCAAACUUGACAUCGCUAAUUGUUACGCUCUACAGAAUCUGGGCCUGGGUGUUUUGGAAGAAACGCGUUCCGGCGACGAGGACGUCUCUAGCGAUGAGGACAAUGAUCACAAACCAGCACAGGAGUCUACGACAGAGCAGCCUCAAGGGCCCAAGGACUCGAAUGUUCUAGGAAAACUGAUGGGAAAGAAGGAGGAUGAUUCGGAAAAGCCCACCAUUCAGGAGCUCAACGACUGAGUGUGGCGACGGCCAUUUGAAUACGAUUGCAAUAUACCCGGUAUUAAAAGGUUUUUUGGAUGUCUUUUCUUGAAAUAAAAGUUGUUUUUAUCUUGGUCAUGAAUUGGGAAAACUGUGACGCUAUACUACUAUCUAAUGACAGUUGGAUGCUCUAUCAAAUCGCUUUUCUGCGAUUUUGCUUCUAUAUUGCAAAUAUCUCCCAAGCUCGAGUAUGAAUUCUUGAUAUU